AUGAAGGCUUCACUUAUUCUCUCCUUCUCAGCACUUUGUGUUCCCAGCCUGGGCGAACCAAUAAUCAAGUCGCUUUUAGUCACCUUGGGUGCCGAGGAGCCAAUGGCUACGGUGGCUUCCCAUAUAGCCAGCACAGGUGCUAGUUAUGUGGUCGACCACCAAACUAUGCUAAAGCCUGUGCUAAGCUACAUUCCCGGUGCUCAAAUAGCCCUAGGUGCGGCAGGUAUUUUUGGUGGCAGUUUUGCGGGCGGGAUAGCGGGCAGAAUGGGCGGUAAUGCAGUACGCGGGUUUUUGGAGGGCGAGGCAGGCAACAACAUCCCUCUUGCUGGGUGGAUUAUACGCGACGAUGAUGAGAAAAAGACCGAGUAG